AAUAAGCCUUAGAAAAUGUCACUUAAUCUUUUUUUUAACUUAUUCUGUAUAUAGUAUGUGUUUUUCUUUUUUAGAGGAAUUGCUUUGGCUGAAAAAAUAAAUACGCCAGCAGUGUAUCAAGAUUGUGCUAGUAUAUUGGAAGAAAUGAAGGUGAUAUCAGAUGCUGCAUUUUUAUAUGAAAAGGGUGGAUUUUUGGAAAAUGCUGCAGCGUUGUACAUAAAGUUGAAAAACUGGAAAAAAGUAAAAGAUUUCUUACCGUAUAUUACCUCACCAAAAGUGUUCAGCCAGUAUGCAAAGUCUCAGGAAGCUGAAGGAAAAUAUUCAGAGGCAGCAGCAGCAUAUGAAAAUGCAUCUGAAUAUGCAGAAGCUAUUAGGGUCUAUUUAAACCAUUUGAAAGAUCCAGAUUCUGCAGUGAAGAUUGCAAAAACUUCUAAUUCUUUAGAAGGAGCCCGCAUGGUUGCAAGAUUUUUCCAGAGUUACAAUGAUAGUCCUUCAGCUAUAAAAUUUCUAGUCUUAUCAUAUUGUAAAAGUGAAGCACUUGUAUUAGCUCAGGAGUCACAUAACAUGGAUGUUUUUGCUGAAGCUAUUGGUGAAAAUGGAGAUCCCGAAGAUUACAUUAACAUUGCUGUGUAUUAUGAAGAUAAGCAAAAUCUCCUUCUUGCAGGAAAAUAUUUUAUUUUAGCACAUCGUUAUAAAAAGGCUAUCAAAUUGCUGCUUGAAGUGAGUGGUCAGGAUGAAGAUGAGAGUAUUAAACUUGCCAUUGAAGCUGCUGGUCGUGCUCGAGAUGAGCACUUAACUCGUCAGCUUAUAAAUCAUAUUAUGGGUGAGACAGAUGGUGCUGUGAAGGAUUUGCGUCAUCUGUAUAAUUUGUAUCUUACCCUGGGUCAAAUUAAAGAAGCUGCAAGAACUGCUGUUAUUAUGGCUAGUGCUGAGCAAAACUCAGGUACAUACAAAAAUGCACGUCUGCUUUUAUUGGGCAUGUAUCAAAAACUGAAGGAAGAAGGUUUGAAAAUUCCGGCAGAAAUGUCAAAUAGCUUGAUGUUACUUCAUAGCUAUAGCCUUGGAAAAUUGCACAUGCUUAGAGGUGACCAUAUGAAAAGUGCCAGGAUGCUCAUAAGAGUGUGUGAUAAUAUAAACAGAUUCCCUCGUCAUGAUGUGCAGAUUUUAACAACUGCAGUUUUUGAGUGUCAAAAGGCUGGUCUUCACAAAUCCGCAUACAAAACUGCUGUUAUUCUUAUGAGACCCGAACACAGAUCAAAAAUAGAGGCUAAGUACAAGAAAAAAAUCGAAACUAUAGUAAGAAAAUCUCUAAAAGCUCAAGAUGUUGAAGAACCUAAAACGCCCUGUCCAUACUGUGGAGAAAAUUUGCUGCAAACAAGCUUAUACUGUGAACAUUGUAGAUAUAAUGUGCCUUACUGCAUUAUAACGGGAAACCAUAUUGUUUCUGGAGACAUAACAUUAUGUCCACAAUGUCAUUUCCCAGCUUUGUUUUCAGAAUUUUCAAAAUCUCUAUCCGUUGACAAGACAUGCCCUAUGUGUUUGACAGAAGUGUCUCUUAAUGAAUUGAAGCAAGUUGAAUAUAUUCCUCCUGAGAAUUUUGAUGAUGAACUUCCUUCUAAUUCACAAGGUAAAGUUAAGUGAGGAGUGUUAAAGAAUUAUUCAAAAAUUACAGACUCUUUAUAAAUGUGUGAAGAUGUAGUUAAAAAAUAGUUUUUAGUUUAUUGUGAGAAGUUAGAAAAAUUGAAGCUUUCUAAGACUGUGAAGACUGCAUUAUGUAAAAUCACUCUGUGAUAAUGUUGCAAAAUAAAUAAAUUACUGUGGUUUUUGG